AUGGCAAGAUCAUUGUACGAUAGACAUAAUAAUACUUAUUUCCAUAUUAGUAAAAAGGUUAAAAGAAUACCAAACAUCAAUCAUCAAGGAUGUAAUAAUGAAUGUAGUACAGAUUUGAAUAAACAACAACAUGAUAGAGUUAUUAAAAGUGUACUUUGUAAUAUCGUUUUAUUUAGAAAGAUUGUAUCUUUGGGAGCACCUUUAAAACGAUCAAUUAAAUCAUACAAGAUCAAUCAACUACCAAAUGAUAUUACUUGGUAUCUACGUUGUGGUUUUAUUACUAUAUUAAAAGAAAGAAUUGAAAGAGAGGAAAUGGAAUUGAAACAACAUCUAGAACAACAACAAGAUCAACAAACAUCAUUCAAUAAUAGAAAAGAUUAUUUAAAUGAACAUCAUUUAAAAUGGAAUUAUAAAACAACACAAGAAAUAUGUUUAUAUGGUUCACAAGAUAUCGAAUUAUUUAAAUAUCUAUUUGAAAAGAAACCUGAAUGGUUUGGUCAUCCAAAGUGUUUAGAAAAUGUUGCAUUGGCUGGUAAUCAAGAAAUGUUUGAUAUGCUUGCAUCCAAUACCAUUCCAGUUCAAGUAACUUUUAAUAUUGAGGAAUACAUCGAACUAUUGAAACUUGCCUAUCGUAAAGGUUACUAUCAAUAUGAACAAGAUGAUAUUGUCGAACAUAUCCAUAGCCUAAUUUGUCGAGGUGUCAACAAGGAUACAGAUCUCAAUCAUCACACUGAAUUUAUCAAACAAGUAUUACAAUUUCAUCUCGAAAACGAUCAAUACAAUCAAUUGGUAGAAAAAGCAAAUCAAUCAGUCAUAUCAUUGGUUUCAACUGUGGAAUCUAAUGAAAUACUCUAUGAAAUAGAAGAUGAUAAAGAAGAAGAUGAUGAGGAAGAAGAAGAAGAAUAUGGCGAUGCAGAACAUGACCAAGAAGAAGAAGAAGAAGUAGAACGUGAUGAAAAUUCAACGUAUUUUGACACUAUUAGUAGAUUAUCAACAAAACAAUCACAGUGGUAUCUAUUUUUAUUUAAUAUAUGUUAUUUUGGAUUGGUGGAUGGUGAUGAUGAAACAUAUUCUUGGCCAACAGAACCAAAACAUAUAUUCAAAGUCUAUAUUCAAAAUGGAAAAGAAAAAGAAUAUACUGGAUUGGUCGAAAAGAUUUUUGGGUGUCAUUAUAUUGUAGCCAAUGCAAGAUUAGAGCAUGUAAAAGCAGCUCAUCUAUUGGGUUUGUUAGAUGAAGAUACAGUCUUUUAUCCCCGACAUCACGAUGCUUAUCAAUCGUUGGAAAUCAUGCAAUAUCUCAUCGACAAUGGUAUUAGCGAGUUUGAUAAGACUACUUUGGAAGUAUUUUGUUAUAAACAAAAGAGUAUCGGUCUUGUCGAGCUCUUAUACAAACGCUAUCCAAAUUUAUUCGACCGAUCUACAAAUAGUAUCAUUGCGGAAUAUAUCACAAGGUUUGGUUAUUAUCACCUACUCUAUAUGAUCAUCACCCUCAUCAGUGACAGUGAUCCAUCACAAAUUGGUGAAAAUGUAUUAGAGGUUACAAAUAGCAAGAAUCUCAGUCAAAAAGUAUUUGAUAUAUUAUCAAAAGUAGCAAUUGUUCAGUAUUUCUAUGAUGACUCAAUUGGACAAGCAAGUUUUCAAUGGAUGAAACAGAUUUAUCAAAAUUGCAACGAUCCAAAUCAUCAAGAAAAGAUUAUAGACAUGUAUCAAACUCAAUUGGAAAUGUCAACAAAGUUGAAUCAAAUAGAUAUAGUCAAUUAUCUUUUAUUUCAACAAUCAAAAUUUCAACCAACCAAAGAGACACUCUCCUCUAUCAUCUCUAUUGCUUUUAAAAAACAAUUCUUGGACCUUCAUAAGCUAAUCAAUGAAUAUAUGGUUAAACAACAACAACAACAAACCAAUCAACAAACAACUGUGAAAUAUGAAAUGAAACUAUUGAAACGUAUUGCAACCAAUGGAGAUAUCAAACAAUUUGAUCAAUUAAUUUCUAAUGGUCACCGUAUGAAGCAAAAAGUCCUCAAUGAACUCUUUCGUUUUUCAAUUGUCAAUAAUCAAUUAGCAUUUAUUCAACACAUAAAUGACAAGUAUCCAAAUUGGACAACAAUGUCAGUUGGCAACUUUUUGUAUUGGGCAAUCUCACAUGAUCACCCUCAAAUGUUGAAAUGGUUAUUGGAAUUCUCUCGUCAAAAUGGAUACCAAGAAGGUAUUCAACAUGCAUUAAAAAAAUGUAUUGAAACUGGUAGCCUGCCUUGUUUUAAAUUGUUGGUCGAUCAACAUUACUCUGUUGCCAUCCCAAUUUUAAAAGAUCAAAUCAUAAAAUGCACCGAUGAUAAUUUACCAAUCAUUUCCUUUUUAAUUGAUAAUAAUUAUAUUGCAUCAACAAAUCUACUUUCUCAAUCCUCUUCUCUAAAAGAAUUAAAUUAA